CCGGAAGUCAGAUGUUGCUGUUGAGUCACCCCUGACUGGUAACAGCCAGAUAGCGGAAAACAACCAGAGAUGAUGCUGGAGAGCUCGGCAUCUUUGAACCGAACCAGAGAGUGAAUAAAUGCGGGUUUCAAUUAGGAUAUCGCCUUGAGCAUUUGUGCUUCACUUUAUAAGACUGACGUUUUAUCAAAAUGAUGGAAGAAAUUGACCGAUUUCAAGUGCCACCAGUAAAUCCAGAGAUGAAGCUGCUGGAUCCUGCAGCAACGUCCACUUUAGAGGCUGAAACAGGAACGAGAGAACCAGAGUCAGUCACUCUCAACUACAAGCCCUCCCCGCUGCAAGUAAAGAUAGAGAAACAACGAGAACUUGCAAGGAAGGGCUCGGUGAAGAAUGGAACUGUGGGUAGUCCAGUCAAUCAGCAACCCAAGAAAAAUAAUGUUAUGGCCAGAACAAGGUUGGUUGUACCUAAUAAAGGCUAUUCCUCCUUAGACCAGAGUCCAGAUGAAAAGCCACUCGUAGCACUGGACACUGACAGUGACGAUGACUUCGAUAUGUCCAGAUACUCAUCGUCUGGAUAUUCCUCAGCCGAGGUGAGAUGUCUGAGGGACCAGCAAAUAAACCAAGACUUAAACAUCCAGCUCCUGAAGGAUGGCUACCGAUUGGACGAAAUCCCAGAUGAUGAAGACCUGGACCUCAUCCCCCCCAAAUCAGUCAACCCUACCUGCAUGUGCUGCCAAGCCACUUCCUCCACAGCCUGUCAAAUUCAGUAACCCCACCCUCCCUUGAACCCCUUCUGUCCCAACCCUGUGACUUAAGCUCACAGUUAGUAUCCUCAGCAUAGAUUAACUGCUAAAGAAGUUAAAAACAAUAGAAUGGGUGUAUUAAAAUUAGUAUAAAAUAGGGAAAAAAUAUGCACAAGAAGUAUGUAACUGUCAUUGGUUCCUCCUAUGGUAGGACGUGAGUCUUUGCAUCAUCACCAGAGGGCACUAGACUUAGGUGUGGAUAGCUGUAAGAUGCGUUGAAGUGUAUAGAAAUGCAUGGUGCAACACUAAAAUGAUACAGCUGCUUAAGUAUCUUUUAAAACAGAACAAAAAUGAACAGUUCACACUACAGAUUUCUCAGUACCCUUCUAUGGAACGGAAAUUAGUCUUAAAGGGGUCAUGACGGAUUUGAGGUUCACUUAUAGUUUUUUUUUUUUGCACUAUAUAUAUAUAUAUAUAUAUAUAUAUAAUGUAUAUAUGUGAUGUGAUCUGCGAAAAUCCAUCACAUUGUGAAACCUAUCACAGGUUUCAAUGCCAUACGAAAGAUUCGACCCCUUUCCAAAUCUGUUUUUACUUCUUUCAUAGCUUGUCUGUAACAAAAGUUAUGAUUAUCUGAAGUCGGCUGAUCGCACUGAUUUUUAGGAACGGAAUUUUGAGAAAAACAGGUUUGAAUAACUGUCACCCCCUUUUUCCACAUAGACAUGAAAAUGCACUAUCCAAACAUAAAUGGUUGUAGUUCAAGAAUGCUUUAGAAUAUAUACCUAAGGUUUUAAAGAAUGCACUUGUCAGAUUAUUGUAGAAGUGAAAUAAAUUGUGAAAGUGAAAUAAAAAAAAAAACGUUAUAGAAGUUUGUUUAUGAAAAUGUAAAAAUAUAAUUUAUAUUUUAUAAUAAUAUAUUACAAAGCAUGUUUUACUCUUAAACUGCAAGAAAAUAAAAGCCAAAAAUAUCAACAUUACAAAUUUUAUGUUGAAAUAUUUAAAAAAUGAGCUUUCAGUAAGAUUUUGUUUGGGCGCAGUACCAAACUUUUUCACUAGAUGACACCCAAGCUCCAUAUCUGACCAUUUAAGGGUGCAUCCAUUUAUUUGAGUAAUCUGAACCAUAUAUUUCCAUAUUUUCAUAUAUUUUAUGAAGCAGACAUCCUAUUCAGAAGUAGUAUGGGCAGUUUGGCUGAAUUUGAUUUGAAUUCAACCUCUAAUAAACACAUAAUUAGAACACGUGUGUUCAUUAUAGCUCCGUUGUUCUCCGCCUUCUCACGAUAAUGUUGUAUUAGGAAAAAAAAAUCUUUGCGUGCCGUAGUUUAUACAGGACUGGCGGGAAAUUUGCAUUAAUACACCUUCAUUCUGUAGUUUAUUUUGAUAGGUGAACUCUCUUUGUAGUGUUAAGAUAAGGAAAGCUAUGGGCGUUUUUUUUUUUUUUUUUUUAAAAACCUCCGCUGGGUGUGUUCUUAAACAGUAAUGUUAGAGAAAGACAGCCUUGCCACUAUAAAUUGCUAUUUUUCUGCACUUAACAGGUGAAUUUUGCCAAGAUAUUUUCAGAGAUGAUAGACAAGAUGUUAUAGAAUGAUAAUUUAAUGAAAACCCAAUUUUGACAAAAAAAAAUGACAUUCGACCUAUUUUUUGAAUUUACUGAAAACGUUCCAUCGCGACAUCCGACGGGUUUUCCCAGAUCGCAUCACAUAUAUAUACUAAUUCGUCGAUGUCUUGGUCUGGAGGCAGGCAUGUGCAAAUGUGUUUGCCCGUGUGACGUCACAAGUCCACCAAUAUCCAAACGAAUCGUUUUUGUUUAUGAUGAGGAGGGCAUUUUAAGCUCUGAAUCUUGCAGGACAUUUUAAUGGUACAAAGACCUCUUAUAUGUCAAAAGAUCAAGGCAAAUUUGAUUUCUCAUGUCAUGACCCCUUUAAAUACCCCCACACUCCAUCAGGUAGGGCCUCUUUACAGCAAACCAGAAAUGUGUUCCUUUUAACUUAUACUUAUUUAAAAAUAUAUAUUAAUUUAAAGAAUAAUUUUGAUCUUUUGUCAGACCUCAUAAUUUUAUAAUUUAUUUUAAAUCGUAAUUUUUGUUCUAUAGGUUUAACCAAGCAAAAUCAACAUCUUUUCAAGAACCCUCUUGGAUACAUUUUUGGGAAUCACUGCUUUAAAAUAUCUGCCUUUGUUUAGCUGAUGCUUUCUGAUGUUGUUAAGGACAGAUGUGCUUGUUUUCUAAUGAAAGGGAGUGUAUAGUGACCAGCUGAAUUUCUUUCUUUGAUAAUUUACAUUUCAAACAUAUGUAUUAAUAUAUUAUCAGUAGCUUUGUAGCAAACACUAAAAAGGGAAUACUCUUAGGGUGUGUUCACACUUGGCAGAUUUGGUUCAGUUAAAACAAAAUCUGGUGCGAUUUGUUCUGUUAGUGCGGUUCAUUUGAAUAAGUCUGAACACAAUUAAUUCUGAAUUUGAAUAAGUCUGAACUGCCAUUCAAACCUGGUGCGCACCCAACAAUUGGUCCGAGACCUCUGACAAGCGAACUUCCAAACAAACUCUUGUGUGGUUCGACUUAAAUAUGAACGCAAAAUGGACCAAAGGCAUCUAAACGAUCCAAAAACAGGACGUGAUGUCACAGGAUGCAACCCUAAAAGGACAGAAUGCUCAAGCACACCUGGUUUUUCUCAUCAUAUUCAUGAUGUUGCCUAUUACAUUUCGGUACAGGCAUCAGAACCGCUCUUUCUUGAAGCGGAUCUUAGUUUGUGUUUGUAACAAAGAAAUUACUGGUGAUUUGAGUCCUUUAUACAUUUUCUAAGCUCUUCAUGAGUUCUCAACCGGUAAAAAUACCAUUGUAUGUAUCUACGCACAUAUAAUGAGCGCACUUAGCACAGCACACAGCAUUGUUUUGGAUGUUCAGUAAGUUCCGUCACAAAAUAUAUGUCAUAAAAGCUGUUUUUUUGUUUUUGUUUUGUAUCUUUUGGUUCGGUCUUGAAAAUGACAGUGUGAACGCUAAGUGAACCAGGACUAAAUGUAUCAUGUUCUGUUUUGGUCCGGACCAAAAUAACCAAGAGAACCAAAGUACAAGUGUGAACACACCCUGAAAUUGAGAAAUCCAUACAGAAGAUACCAGUCUGCUACGAUACUGACAGCAGAUGUAAUUCUUAAGUCAGGGAAUCUCAUUGAAUAUUUUAGCCCCCGCUUUCACAGACAAGGCUUAUGCUAGUCCUAGACUAAAAUGCAUGUUUGAGCUGUUUUAACUGAAAGCAACUUGUACUGACAUAUCUUAAAAUAUGUCACUGCCAUUGUUUUGUCUCAAGAUGCACACCAGUAAUGUUUUUUUCAAGUGUACGUUUAUAAAAGAUACUUAAAUAUCCUAAUUGAACUAAGGCCUAAUCCUUGCUUAGGCUAAGCCUUGUCUGUGAAACCGGGCCUAGAUGUGUUUACUAAUGAACAAUCUUUAUAGAAGUUAUUUUUUGUUUUUAUCAUAAGGUUUCAGUCGGUGUUGCUGCACACAAACCCAACACAGUUAAACUGGACUAAGGGAAUUCAAAAAUGUAUCUAGAUAAGACAAACAAGAUAAUUCGGUACAAUUUUCAGUGCAUUUAAUUAUUGAGAGCUCUUUGUUUUGAGAAUUGUUGAGAUUUAUUUGGAGUGGAAGAAGGUUGCAUUUAUUUACUUGAAGAUAAUAGCAGCUGCCAGAUACAUAUCCCAUAAUCUCCGUCAUUAGCGAGACAAAACAUUUUGUUCAUCUGAUUUGUGCCAAAAUGCAUCAAACGCAUUGUUUCUUUAUUUUAAAGAUGGAACAGGCAUGAAAAGCCUUUGGCCAGCAUUGAAAAUGAUGCCAGAAAUCAAUUUUACACUUCAGUGCUCUCGUCUUUAUAGUAAUUUUAAAGUGCAAUACCAUUUUGUCAGACAUUAAGUGUAGAACCCUGGAACAGGAUACUCUGCGUUUGCUGUUUCACUUCAAUUUAAUGCAAACAUCUUUAUAAAUUCAUCUCAGCUGUUUGGCCAAAUCGCUAUCACGUCUGUUAAGCAACAUCGAACAUUCAGAGUAUGAAGUUCCUUGUUUCGAUUUGAAGAUUGUACUGUUCCCUACAGUAUUUGUGUCUUCUGUGUGUCAUGCAACUGUUGUUGAUUUUGUACAAUUCUCAGAGCACCUUAUCGUCGUGUGUACAUUGCCACCCAGUCGCCGUUGCCAGCUGUAAUUAGAUGCCCAUUUGCACUAAGCACCUACCUUAGUAACACUCCAGAUUUUAUUUGAUGUAGUAAAUUAGGAGAACAUAAGAAGGGAGAUUGUAAUAGUAUAAUUAUCUAAUAUUUUAUGUUUUGCACACUGCCGUUCAAAAGUUUGGGGUCAGUAAGAAAACGUUUUAUUCAGCAAGGAUGCAUUAAAUUGAUUGAAAGUGACAGUAAAGACUUUUACAUCCUUACAAAAGGUUUCAUUUUUUGAAUAAAUGCUGUUCUUGUUUUUUCCUGUUUCAUGUUUUUUUCACAAUGAAUAUUAAGCUGCACAACUGUUUUCAACGCUGUGUUCACGCCACCUCGUAUUUACUGGAAUCUUGACAACACGUGACGUUAUAUUCAGAGUUGUUCAAGUCCUUGGACUGGGAAUUAUGCGUUGCCAUGGCACCACUAUCAACGCCUAAAUGAAUCUACAGCGGUCAGGUGGUACAGCAGCCACGUGGUACAUCUGGGAGCUUUCAGAAAACUCCCAGCUUACAAGCUGUAAUUACGAGCUCUACGAGGACGUGAACGCUUUUUACAAGCUAGAAUCUCGUAACUACAGGAAUUACGAGGCCGCGUGAACGCACCUAUAGAAACGGACAUGAACAGCUCCGAAUACAACGUCACAUGUUGUCAUCUCAAGAUUCCGGUAAAUACGAGGUGGCGUGAACGCAGCACAAAUCAGCAUAUUAGAAUAAUUUUGAAGGAUCAUGUGACAGUGAAGACUGGAGUAAUUAUGCUGAAAAUUCAGCUUUGCCAAUACAUAAACAUAUAAAACAGUUAUUUUAAAUUCUAAUAAUAUUUCACAAUAUUACUGUUUUUUUUUAACUGUAUUUUAGAGACUUCUUUCAAAAACCUAAAAAAAAAAAAAAAAAAAUCUUACCGACCCCAAACUUUUGAACAAUAAUGUAGAUCUAAUGUAUGAAUUGGCAGUCUUUUUGUUUUGAAUAUUGUGAUUUUUAUAUCACACUUAAACUCCUUCAGAACAGUACGAUGACAUCAGUCAGGGACAGUUUUUUUUAUUUUAUUUUUUUUUUACUUUUUACUGCUUUUCAAGUGGAUAUGGGAAAAAAGGUGCAUUCACUGAGUAUUUUCUUUUGUAUGUUAUGGUGUCACCUAGUGGCUUGAACAUCAUGCAAAUGUUUUCAGUUGCCAAUGCCAUUAAUUUAUUUAACAAGGGAAAAUGCCCACUUUUGGCCAUGUUUUAGUGGUAAUACCCUUAGAGUAGCAAUAGAUAACCAACAAAAUGCUUCUCAAUAGAUAUGUAAGUAAAGAAUUUGAUGGCAAGUUCCCUUAAGCCCCCUUUCCGCCGUUUCUAAGCUGUCAUGGUACUUAUAGUCGUGCCAUAAGACUGACUGAUCUGUGUAUGUGAUGAAUGAACAUGUCUGUCAUCCUCUGUGUCUCUGCUUUGGUUCGAGAUAAACACUCCGUUGUGUAAUGACUAAAUCAUUGUCCAUUUUCUGUUACUACACUGAAGUAGAGUAUGCCUUAAGUAAAGCUAUACAAUGGGUCAUGUUAUUUAUUGCAAGUGGUAUGUUUUUCAUUUAUAGAUAUAAGUUUUUUUGUUUUCCCCUUCUGUCAAUAAAUAUGAUUGUAAAGACGUGAACAGUUUCCAUACCAGUAUUUAACAAUGUUCGUUGUUCUGUGUAGUAAAUCAAACCAGUAAAUACAUCUGAAAUAUACAA